AUGGAUGGCGGUAACUUACAAAACGUGGAUGAUGAUUCUGGGAUGAUCACCGGGGGCACUAUCGCGAUGGAAGUGGAGGAAGACGUCCCAGACGAAGUCCGCUUCGUACCCUUUCAAUAUGAUAUCGACACGGAAGAAAGCGUGCAAGAUUCGAACAAUACCGAAGAGGUUUGGAGAACGUUCAGUACUCAGGAGGCUGAAGGCCCACCGCGCUCUCCUUCGGCCACUACUGUCCCCGCCGCAGGUGCUAAGGCAUCGGGCAAUAGUACUGCUGAACCCGCAGGCAUUGGAGGCGUAACUCCUGAAAAGGGCAAGCAGAGAGAAGCGCAGCCUGAUACGUGGGCUCCAUUCGCCGACGAGGCGGCCGCUAGUCAAUGGUUUUCCAGUCUCUCGGAAAAUCAAGCGGCUUUUCUAAUUCGCGGCUAUUUCUCCGAUGGCAUUGUGACGUCAGGCCCGCCCCAUCGUGAGGCAUUUCCGAAACACAGCAACUUUCCCUUGGCCGCCGCGCUCAAGUCGGCUCGCCAAGCAUCCGCGCAAGAACACGGACGGAGCGGGAGCAAGGAGAUGGAGGAGAUUUUCAAAGGAGUUGUUGAGGCAAUGCCCGAGAGUGUCAGGAAAGAGAUUCUCUCUGACGACUCCGAGUUGGUUUGGAACAUUCCGAGCCUCGAGGGCGCAGGGAUGUCGGCCGAUCUCAUCGACGCUCAGCUCAAUUACAUGUCAUCGUGGCUGGGCACUCUCGUGAACCACUACAUGCACAAUUGCGAAGUCCAUGAGAGGCUGGAUGAUCACUUGAGGGCGGUGAAAGCCGCCUUGGUGCUCAGAGAGCACAGCAACACUCUUUCCGACUCUCUUAAAGGUUUAUGCAACCUCUAUGAUUCUUAG